GCAAAAGCCGCUAAUCGUGUGACUGUUAUCGAUGGACGCGUCAUUAUUUUGUUUUGGCUCCUCAUUAUCCAAAAACAGAACUUGUUAAUAAUUGUAAUUUAAAUUAAAAUGGGUUUCCUGUUUAUACUCAGUUGGAUCUCCUUAGGCAUACAAAUCACCUUCGUAACGCUGUCCUUAGUGGCCGGACUUUACUACUUGGCUGAAUUGGCGGAGGAAUACACAACGCCAGCACGACGAUUUAUUUUGUUUAUGAUAAGUUUCACAAUUAUGGUCUACAUCAUGUUCAUAUUCUUUGAGGACUUCCCCUGGACCAUGCUGCUGUGCGGUCUAACAGCACAGGGAUUUCAUUUCUCUAUAAUGACUGAUUUUCCAUUCAUUCGUUUGCUGUCGGUGCCAUUUAUUGGCUCUUUGGCCAUGUUGGUGAUCAAUCAUGUGCUGGCUUUUCAGUAUUUCACUACCGUUUACGUGCCCUUCACACAGGUGCUCGCUUACUUUACUAUCUGCAUGUGGAUGGUUCCCUUUGCAUUGUUCGUUUCAGUGAGUGCCAACGACAACGUGUUGCCCACCACGAUUGGGAGCAAUGAAAGAAGGCUGGGCAGCAAUAAUCCCGAUGUUGUCAGCAAUUACUUCUCGCGCAACAAGAAGAUGGGACUGUUAUCGUUGUUCAACUACAUGAAAGAGACUUUGUUGCCCGGACGCAGCAAGAAAACAUUUUGA